GUUACUUUCUUGUAGAAGAUAAUACUUUUCAUCAAGACCACAAAAACAAGUUCAAAUUAUCUUCAUCCACUGCUAGCUGUGGAAGUUUUCUAGUAUGUACUAGUGCAAAAAUUCCUCUCUACCUCCAAUGGCAAGAGGAUUGACAUUGAGUGCAGGACUCACAGCCCUUAUUGCUCUUGCACUAGUCCAUGAAACACUCAGUGCUAGUGAUCAUUACUGUCCCCCUUCUUCCUGUGGCAAUAUCCCCAACAUAAGCUUUCCCUUUCGAUUGAAGAGCGAUCCAGAAAGCUGCGGGGACCCAAGGUAUGAACUGUCAUGUGAGAACAAUCGAACGGUGUUACACUUAUUUGCUGGAAAAUACUAUGUACAAAAAAUCAAUUACAAUAACUACACAAUCAGGGUUGCAGACUCUGGUAUACACGAUGACAAUUACUUCUCCACCCCAAGUUAUUCCUUAUAUCGCUAUAAUUUCAGUAAUCGAUAUGACAGAGCAUAUUACGGAAUCACAGGUCUGCUGCCGAAGUUAACAAAGUUGGAGCCUUAUGAUCAGUUUCAGCCGUCUGGGAAUCCUGAACUAUCAAGGAUUGUGGUUUUCAUGAGCUGUGAAAAACCAGUGAAUUCUCCGUACUGUUUGGACACUUCUACUUGCAUUCACAACUCUUCUAAUUAUAUAUCUCAUUCCAAGAGGUAUAGCUAUGUUAAAGUUGGAAAAACGAAUGCAGCCGAAGUGGCAGACUUGUGUCGAGUAGAGAAGAUAACUCAGACAUCGUGGCCAAGAAAUGAUGGCCCAAAUGUAUCCUGUAAAGAUGUCCACAAUGAAUUGGUAUAUGGUUUUGAGAUUUCAUGGCUCCGAGGUAAUUGUCAAAGUAUUUGCGGAAGAAAGUUCACCAAAUGCUACCUCAAUGACACGAACCAUGUUCAAUGCUCCGGCAAGCUCAAUGCAUUCCACGUCAUACUGAUCAGCUUUUGCACGAAACAUGGAACUUUUUUAUGCGAUGCUGUGGAUUACAGUAUUAUUAGUGUUGAUUCGAUCUACCUCAUCAUGAUACACCUUGCAGUCAAAUUUUUAUUUGGGACUCCAUUUGUGGUUGCAUUUUUAAUUUAUAAAUGGCGUAGGAGGAAUUUAUCAAUGUAUGACGCAAUCGAAGAUUUUUUGCAAAGUCACAAUAACCUCAUGCCCAUAAGGUACUCCUACCCAGAAAUUAGGAAGAUGACCAAUGGUUUCACGGAGAAAUUGGGAGAAGGAGGCUUUGCCACUGUAUUUAAAGGAAAGCUUCGAAGUGGUCAUCUUGUGGCUAUAAAGAUGUUGGAUAUGUCCAAAGCCAACGGCCAAGACUUUAUUAGUGAAGUUGCAACAAUUGGAAGGAUUCACCACACAAAUGUUGUGCAACUCAUUGGCUUUUGUGUUGAGGGACCAAAGCGUGCACUUAUAUAUGAAUUCAUGCCUAAUGGUUCUCUCAACAAAUACAUUUUUUCUCAAGAAGGAAGUAUCCCCUUAAGUAUUGAGAAAAUAUAUGAGAUUUCUCUUGGAGUAGGCCGUGGAAUUGAAUAUCUACAUCAAGGAUGUGACAUGCAAAUUCUUCAUUUUGAUAUCAAGCCUCAUAACAUUCUUCUUGAUGAGAACUUCACCCCAAAAGUUUCUGAUUUUGGGCUUGCCAAACUUUAUCCUCCAGAUGAUAGCAUAGUUUUUUUGACUGCUGCAAGAGGAACACUAGGAUAUAUGGCUCCAGAGUUGUUCUAUAAGAACAUUGGAGGCAUCUCUUAUAAAGCUGAUGUUUAUAGUUUCGGCAUGUUAUUGUUGGAAAUGGCAAGCAGAAGAAAGAACUUCAAUGCAUUUGUAGACCACUCAAGCCAAAUUUACUUUCCAACUUGGGUCUAUGACCAAGUUUGCGAAGAAAAUGACAUAGUAAUGGAAGAUGCCAUAGAGGGGGAGAAGGAAAAAAUUAAGAAGAUGAUCAAAGUUGCAUUAUGGUGCAUACAAAUGAAGCCUAUCGAUCGACCUUCAAUGAAUAAAGUUGUAGAAAUGCUUGAAGGAGAAGUUGAAUGCUCACAAAUGCCUUCCAAGCCUUUCCUAUCAUCUCUAGGGGAUGUAAGAGACAACUUAUAUCCAACUUGCUCAUCAAUUCUAUCAAGUGAAUCAUCUCAAUUUUAAAUGAAAAGAAUUUGAUAUGUCAAUAGGCUGAUUUACAUGUGAAAGUUUUAGGAUUUUUAGGUGUUGGCUAAUUCCUCAACAAGUUUGCUUGUAAUCUCUACAAAAGUUUAUGUGUAAUGACAAAGUUUUAAUGUUAUUGUUUUCAA